AUGGAUAAGAACGGCUAUUUCUUCUACGUGACAUCGACGGCUAAGAAAAAGAAGAUAAGCCUGAUGCAUCCUAAGCCUCCUCGGGUGGCUUUCGAAGAAAAACGUCGGCCGGGGAUCGCUGAAAGGAUCAGUGUGGUUCCAACCACGGUAAAGAACGGACGGGACAUGUCGCAACGGGCCGUAGACGCGCCUCGCGCGAGGUUAUACACGCAACUAGAAAGUUAUCAACCAAGAUAUCAUACUAUACGUGAUAGUGAUAAGAGAAGUGAUGAGUGCAAAAAGCGCAGGAAUGGCAGAUCUGGAUCAGUGAGG